AUGGUAAACGACGAACCAAUGUAUAUUGAUCCUUCAAAACACCAAGUUCCAGUUGUUGAACCCAAGACAGAAGUUGAUUUUGCAUCAGAGAUUGAUGUGGAAAAGAUUUCCGAUACCGAAUAUCGUGGCAAAUUACCAUUGAGGAAACCCUAUGAAACACGUCAUGGCGCUUAUGGUGGAGCAUUGUGUUCACAGGCAAUAUUGGUGGCGAUGAGAUCGGUUCCUUCUCAUUUCAAACCACAUGCUAUACAUUCGUAUUUUACCAAGGGUGUACACGAAGAGUCGGUUAUAGAGUGGAAAGUACAAAAGAUAUCUGAUGGUAAAACAUUUGCCAACAGAAUUGUUCUUGGGUGUCAAGAGGGUCAAGUUGUAUUUACGGCAAACAUUUCAUUAACUACCAAGAAUGUAUCCAAACCAAGGGAUGACGGAUUGGUACCUUUCAGUUACCAAAACAAGCCACCACCAGAGUUGAUACAUUACGAUAUCAGUCAAUUAAAAGGUAUAGCCAACCCAAAUUUACACAUUACCCUUCGAGAACCUCCCAAAUCCAAAGUAGACGAUGUAUAUCCAUACUUGAUCAAGUUUGGAAUCCCUGAGUGUGAAACAGUUUUACCAGUACCGGAGGAAUACAAGUAUGCUUUAUUUACAUGGAUAACUGAUUGGAUGUUCUUGUCAAGGGCGUUUGCUGCUGGUGUGGGGAUGAGAGUUAAAGCUGAUUUCGAUGUUUCCUUGGACCAUACCAUAUACUUUCAUGACGAUGAUCUUGAUGCUACGAAAUGGGUCGGGAUCAGUAUGAGACCGACAAGAUCAGAACAUGGUAGAACUUUAAUGGCGUGUGAUUUGUUCAAUAACAAGGGUAAGCAUGUUGCUUCAGUAGUACAAGAACGAUUAUUCCUUGUUAAACCAACUGCAAAUUUAUAG